CACACGGACGCUGGUUGCCAACCGUCAUGCCAACUCAAACUGGAAGAAUAAGAACAUCAGUCACAAUGGAGAGAGAGUGUGUGAAAAUGUUGCUACUGACUUUGCGAGCCUACAUUGGAACCCGUUAUCGACUUCUUCAUCUUCUCCAUGACAUGCAUCAACAGAGAUUACGUAACAGAAAGAAGGUGCUGUUAUGGCUCAUGUCAAGGCGAGCGACACCUUCCGUGUGGGUGCGUCCGCGUUCUCGGCACUGGUGGGACCACGUUGUUCCGCAUUUCAGCCCUUCACAGUUCCAGCAGAAUUUCCAUUUGUCCAGGAAGUCCUUUGAGUACAUCUGCAGUCGGGUGAGCCGUGCUAUGGGGAGGAGGGACACAAACUUCCGUCUGUCUAUUCCUUUUGAAAAAAGGGUCGCGAUUGCAAUUUGGAAGCUCUCCAACGGUGGUGGCUACAACACCAUUAGCCGUCUCUUUGGUGUGGGCCUGAGUACCGUGUGCAUGUGUUUGUGGGACUUUUGCAAUGCUGUCAUUAAGCUUCUGCUUCCCAUCCACAUCAGAUGCCCUGAUGCUGACAAAUUGGUGGAGAUGGCCACCUUGUUUCAUAGGACCUGGGGAGCACCCCAGUGUGUGGGUGUAAUCGGUGCUUGCCACGUUCUAAUAGCGACUCCAAAUGAGCACUCCCAUCACUACAGCAACAAGGAGGGUGGACACUCUGUCGUUCUACAGGCCGUUGUGGAUGGAAAAGGACACUUUUGGGACAUAUGCGUUGACUCUCCAGGUAGUGUCUGUGAUUCCAGAGUGCUACAGCAAUCACCAUUGUGGGAGCUCCUAAGUAAUGGGCAGUUGUUUGGUCGAAACAAAGUCAACAUCUCUGGCUGUGAUGUUGGCCAUUACCUCAUUGGUGGCCCAGUUUACCCUGCGGAGAACUGGCUCCUGACGCCCUUCUGUGACACGGAACACUUGACUCCGGAGCAAGUUGCCUACAACUCACAACUGAACUGUGCACGGUCUGUUUUAAAGGAAGCCUUUGGGAGAUUGAGCGGGCGAUGGAGAUGCCUCACGAAGAAACUGGACUGCAAAGUAGAGCUUGCCAGGAAGAUGGCUCUAGUCUGCUGUGUGCUGCAUAACAUUUGUGAGGAACAUGGUGACGAGUUACAGGAUGCGCAGUCUGAAAUUCAUGUGAACAUUCCGCCACCUGGUCUGUCUUCACCCGACGAUUGUACCAAAGAAGGGCCUGGUGUUAGAACUGCAUUGCUGCAAUACUUUAGCAGGGACAAUCAGUGAAAUUCAUCUAGCCAUCCAAUUUAUAGACUGCUUAUCCUAUUCAGAGAUGCAGGGAGCUGAUGCCUAUCCCAACUGACUUUGGGCGAAGGAAACACUGCACACUAGACUCGUUGCCAAUGAAUCACAGGAUACGUACUUGAUUACUCACAAAAAGCUAGUGAUAUUAGGCUUUUGUGGGAAAUUUCAGGGUGAACCUAAAAUGCACUUUCAUUUUCACAAGUGAACUUCAUUUGACUGUCUCUAAACUUUGAAUGCACAUGUCCAACUCUUCAGUUUUUCAGAACUUUUUGCACACCGUGCUGUUCUCUAACAAGGAACUGAACUGCAAAAUUCACAAGUAAAUUUAUUUUGUUGCAUCUUCCAAAGACGUCCACUUUUAUGCCUUUCUGUGUCUCUCCUAGUCUCUCUGCUGGUUAUGCUCUGUGACACUCUUAAGCUCAGAGGCCACUUCCCUCUGAAAACAUCCGGUGUUGUCUUGGUCUCAUGAUGUUAAAAUGUGGAGAGCUUGAUGUUGGGGGAGGGGAGGAGCAGAACAUUAAUUCGUCCAUCCAUUGAUCAAACACAUACUGUUGUUUUUUGACAUUGUACUGUGCUUGUAUAAAAUAUGUACUGUGAAGGAACACAAACCCAAAACAUAAUCUAACGACGGGCCAGUACACCAGUCCUUCCCUUUUACAGUUUAAAGUAGAUAUUCCAUACAUGCAUUUUCUGUACCGCUUAUCCUCACUAGGGUCGAGGGCGUGCUUGAGCCUAACCCAGCUAUCUUCGGGCUAGAGGCGGGCUAUACCCCGAACUGGUCGCCAGCCAAUCGCAAGGGCACAUAUAAACAAACAACCAUUUGCACUCAUAUUCACACCUACGGGCAAUUUAGAGUCUUCAAUUAACCUACCAUGCAUGUUUUUGGGAUGUGGGAAGAAACCGGAGUACCCGGAGAAAACCCACGCAGGCAUGGGGAGAACAUGCGAACGCCACACAGUCGAACCCCGGUCCUCAGAACUGUGAGGCAGGUGUGCUAACUAGUCGGCCAUCGUGCCGCCCAGUAGAUAUUGAUUAGCUCAAAUCUACCAUUACUGUUUGUAUCGUGCUGUUGCCCACUACUGCAAACUACAAUUUUAUGGACAUAUUCUUCAAUAAUGUCUUUGAGAGUGUCAUGUAAAACAGAGUAGUGUAUUACUUUAUCAUCUGUCAGCCACAUGUCAUCUUAAGCUAUGUCACAGGUUCCUUGAGGUAUUAAAAUCUCAACGUGGAGUUUCUGGUGCCUGUACCAACAUUUUUUGUCAUCGUUUAUGUUGUCAUUUUAACUUCAGUUGACCCGGACAAGCAGAGUUGUAUGUCCAUACUGUAUUUUGGAUUUGCUCCAUCAAGUGUGAACAUAACUUUUGAGUGUAUAGCAUAUGUGAUACCAUUUUUUUAAACUAAACAUUUCAAAAGUACAGUAUCAUAUGUGUAGUCAGUGACAAUGGUAUAACCUCAAAAUUCUGAAAAUGGUUGUAGUUUGCAGAGGUAUACACCUGUAUUGCAUUUUAUUGAGUUUUUCUGAAAAUUUUAAGCAAUUUAUUUCGAUGCAUGUCAGAAACAAAAUAUUGAAAACCACACUCAUUAUGAUGCAGUCCAGUUGUACACUUCUGCAAACCACAUCCACAAUUAGCAGCACAUUGUUUAACUCUCGACAGUCAUAACAAUAUUUGAUAUCCAUUAGCUUGGGGAAGUGUAUUUAAUGAAGUUGCUUGUCGUGUAUGUAGACAAAAAUCAAUGGAAAGUGUUGCUGAGCUUCCAUCUAUCCGUUUUCUAUACUGCUUAUGCUCACUCUGGUGGUCGGUGAGCUGGAUCCUAUCCCAGCUGAUUUAAGGCAAAAGGCGGGAUGUAACCUGGACUGUUGGCCAGCCAAUCGUAGGGCACAUAGAGACAAACAACCAUCCACGCAGAGGUUUGAACCCCUAACCUCAGAACUGUGACAGACCAAACAUACAGUAUCAUAAGCAUUGGGCUCUUACUUGGUGGGUAGAACUUUGUGUCCUGGAUCUCAUUAGAUUGUGCGAGUGUACCUAAUGGAGUGUCCGUUUAGUGUGGACUUCAUUGACAGUUGUAAGUGUAUAUUCUGAGCAUCAACCAACAGAGAGCGCUGUUGUGCCAUUGAACUCGAUGCCGACCUCUACAGUCGGAAAGUUCCCACUCAAAACCAAAGGGGGUUGUUUCUACUUGACUUACAUUAUUUCUGUACUUUCCAUUUUAGCCAUAUAUUGAAAUGCAAAUAAUGAGAUCUAAAUGACACUCUGAAGUAACCAGUUGAGUUUCAGUUUCAUGUUAUCAGUAGCUGAUUGAGUACACUGUACUAUAUUUUCCUGAAAACCGUCUGCAUAAUCUCCCAGAUGUUUCAUUGCAGUAUAACUAUGCAAAUAUAUUUGCUCUGGCUUUGAUUUGAUUGGCAGGUUCCCCCAAACCAUCAAACAGACUCAGUCUUCUAGGUUAUUAUCUGUAGUGCAGUGAGCAGAGGAGUAAUUUUCCUCCCAGGGGAGUAAAAGUCAUGCAGUUUGAAUGGCCAACUGCUUAUAGCAAGCUCAGUUGUCACUCUGGGCUGUUUUUUAAUUGUAUUUUUGUUUUAAACCUGAUCAUAUUCUCAUUUGUUGUAACAUACUGUAGCUGACUCUUAUGUGUCUUGUGUGCAGUUCUAUUGUUAAACUCAUAAAGAAUACCUAUAUAAUGGUUUUGAGGUCUUUGUAUAUGAUUUUCUUUUGUGUAUACUCGUCACACAGAACCUUUGGAAUGUAGCAUUUGUGCACCCUCCUCUCAACCUUUUCCAUUUCGCCCAUGAACCCCCCUCCCCCUUCCCAUGUCCUUGGGAAUUCAAUUAUGGAAAAGUGUAGCUGGAAACCUUUCCUUUAUGUAUUCAUGUAAGGAGUCUUGGCUCUUGGGUGAUAUUGUACGUCCUUGAAACGAUAUAGAUGCUAUCAGUUUCAGUGCUGUCUGUCAACGUUGCACAUGGGAAUGAAGUAGAGAAUGGUGGUUCAUAAGUGAAAAUAUUGAAGUUUUAAAUUAAUCGAUCAGGCUCUUAAACUUCCAGUUGAGUAGAAGAUGGGGAUGGAAAAUGCUUGCAUAAUGGAUCAUAGAAAGUCAAUGGCAGCUGGGCAUCCUGCUUUAAAAGACUGCCUGGAUCAUCCACUUAAACCACCACACCCUUAACGGGGGGAAGAAAUACCAGGUGGGACCACUAGAGAGGUGUGAUUACCUUUUACUGUGAUUAUCACAACGUACAUUGCCUGCGCAGUUGACGUGGCACCUGUAAAGCUGAAGUCAGUGUUUGAAACAUGCCGACUGCCCUUUUAUCCAUGGACAAGCUGACUAAAACUGACAAAAAUAAGGCUUUUAAUUGUGGUCCAGCAAAAUUAUUUGAGAAAACAAAUUUAAUGAAACUGGCCUCGACAAAAAUUAUGCUACCUUUCACUUAAUACUGUAUGUUGUUGCGCAACCUUUUGAAGAAAUUGCUACAAUUAGAUGAUUUCUGUAACUCUCCAUGAGACUAGUGGACCUGUCGACAGCUAUUUUGGACCACUCAUCAUGAGCAAACUGCUCCUGACAGCAUGUUUCAGAUUUUUCCACAGAUGUUCAAUGGGAUUUAUAUUAGGACUCUUCAGUAGUUUAAUGUUUGCUCUUUGUCGUUCUUGUGUGACUUUUUCAAAAGUCAAUAGUGCACAUUAUACAUAGGUAUAGGGGGAAAUGGAAAACAAAUGUAUAAAUGUAUUCCACCAUCUAGAGGUUAUGAAAAAGCUGUACACUUUCAUUCCCAUAUGCCACCGCCAUCUAAAGGUUAUGAAAAAUGUGAACAAUUUCAUUCUAAUAUGCCACCGCCACCUAGAGAUUAUGAAAAAGGUGUAGCCUACACUUUCAUUCCAUUAUGACAGGGGUACGUAUGACUGCAUAUAUGUACAGUUGUGCUCAUAAGUUUACAUACCGUGGCAUAAUUUGUGAAAUAUUGUUUUUUUUUUUUUUAAAUACGACUGAUGACUGAACAACAGCAAUCAUUCAUUUCUAUAUGGUUAUGUUUUGUUUAAUGAUAAUGCUUGUCUGAAAUGCUUGACGGUUUAAUUUGAAUCCCAUUAAAAUAAAACUAAAUGUGGUUCACUUGGCCCUUUUCUUUAAAGAAUUAUACACAUCUUACAAAUUCUGCCUGCGUAAUCAAACAUGAGCACAACUGAGUGUUUUCUCAUUUACUAAAUACAAGUAGGGCUGUGAAUUUCAAAAUAAGAGCAAGUAAAUAAAAAGAAAGUAUUACGGGUUCAAAUAGAGUCCUUAACUUGAAUAAUUAUUUAAAAAAACUAACAAAAUACAGAUAAUACUUCAUGCUUUGA